UAUGAGGUUCGGCCUAUGAGGAGGAGCGACAUCCAACCUCUAUACGAGCUCCUCCGGGAAAACCAGUGGAACAUGGAAAAGAGUUAUCUCGAGUGUGUGUUUAACAGUGACCCUACCGGCCUCGUGGUGGUAGCCAAGGACGACGGCGAAAUCAUAGGACACAACGGGAUCCUGGUCCACAGUCCGGACUUCGCCUCGUCUGGAAUGAACAUUGUCAAGGACGAAUACCGGUCACUUGGGAUCGGCAAGGUCAUGUUCCGCAAGGUAAUGGAUAUCAUGUCUGACAAGAACGUUGGAGGGACAUCACUAUCGAACAGAAUCUCGUUUUACGCGCAAUUUGGGUGGACAAUAAAGUCAUAUACAUUUCAUUAUAAUCAGGGACCUGUUAAUCCGGAAUUCCUCAAGAAUUGCACGGAUCCAGACUGCGAAAUAGUGCCAGCAGAACACGUGAACUUUGAUGACGUCAUUGCAUAUGAUGCGGAGGUUCACACAAUACCUCGGCCAGUAUAUAUCAGCAACUGGGCCCAGAACGAGACUGCCAGAACAUAUGUAGCUUUGCGAGAAGGGCGUGUUUGUGGGUAUGGCGUCUUAAAACCUGGUGACAUAGGACACAAAAUGUAUCCGCUGUACGCAGACGACACUAAAAUCGCACACGCGCUGUUCCGUAAGCUGGCGUCUCACAUCCCAAGCGGGGGAGAUCUCAUCUUCACACAACCCAUCGAAAACGAGGAAGCUAAUAAGUUUGUUGCUGGAAACAAUCUGACAACGUACUUAUCCAUGACUCGUUUAUAUAACAAGAAAAAUGUUACCGUGGACAUUGGACGUGUCUAUUCUGUAUCUACAACAGAAUAUGGCAUCGUUUAG